UUCAGCAUUCCUGGUUUAUUGUGACUCGCUAAUAAAAACACGGGCAGCAUAUGCUCAGACUCUCAGCAGCAGGCGGUGUUCAGGUGUCUGGAUUAAGACUUCACUGAUCUGUGUGUACCAGCUGCAAAGAUCUGAUUCCCAGCCAUCCUUUUAACAUUUUAAAAGGUGGAUCUUGAAGCAGUUGCUACAAGGAGCAAAGAUGUUGACUGACGAAGUAUCACAAAUACAGGAGGUGAGGUACUGUCUGAAAACUCUGAGGGAACAAAUGGCGGCCAGACAUAACAACAACAAUAACAAGGUUCUACCCAACGGCGUCCGAGUUAGCGUGCCCCUCAGCAACUCUCCUGUCUCCAACUCCAAUGUGGAUGGGCCUGUCUCAGAGACACCGGAGGAGGAGUGUGUGAGGUUGAGAGAAGUGACCAAACGUCUGUACGCUCAGCUGCAGUCCAUGGAAAAGAGACACCAAGAGGAGAGAGAAGCACUGCAGGCCGAGAACAGAGAGAGUCAGUUGCGUCUACGGGAGCUAACAGAGCGGGGGCAGCGUGCCGAGAAAGAGGCGGAGUGUCGAGGCCAGAACAUGGAGAAACUCCAAAGACUUCUGGCAAGUCUCGAGGUGGAGAAUGCCAGCCUCUGUGAUAAACUGGCUGCUGGAGAGGCUGAGCUUCAGAAACUGAGAGCUCUAAAGGACGAGGAGAAAGAAAAGAAGCACGAGAAACUGGAGAAAGAGCUGGCUGCUCAGAAAGAGAAAAAUCAUCACCUAGAUGACAUGCUGAAGAGCCAGCAGAGGAAAGUCAGACACAUGAUUGAACAGCUGCAGAACUCUCGGACCAUGCUCGACGACAGAGAUCGUGUGAUUGAUGACCUGGAGGAAAAGGUGGCAUUUCUGGAUGCUGAGAACAGAGAGAUGCGUGACCAGGUGGAAUUCUGUCUUGGUAAUCAGAUGUCCAGCUCACACCAGUUAGAUAAGGGAGCCCAAAUUGUAUACAGCAAGCCUCUGACACCGACAAGUCCUGGAAACAAGUCUCUGCCCUUCAUCAAAGUGAUAGAGAUCAAGUCCUGAGAGGCCAAAAGAUGGAGGGAAAUGAGUCUGCAUUUCUUUAAUAUAUAUGUAUAUGUACAUGUAUGUAUAUGUUUCAUACGCCACCUUUAGUCUGGGUGCCCACUGCAUAGCCUUUAUUUAGUUCUUUAAGCUGUCAUCAUUUUUAAAGCAUAUAUGUUUGUGCUCAAAAAUAUCCAAAUUGCUUUUACAGUUGAGAUUAGAUCAGCCUUACAGUACAUGCACUGUUAAUCUAUUACUUUAUGUUCUGUAAUUACAUUGCAUGCAAGAAAUAUACAUCUAUGAUUACAUUAAUUACAUUACAUUGCAUGCAAGAAAUAUACAUCUAUGAUAUCCAUGCAAAUCACAUAAAUUGUAAAAGACUGGGUUACAAAGUGUGUUGUUAGAAUGUUGCUUUACAGCAGAUUAAUUUGGAUACAUUUUAAGUUUAUAUUCAGCUUCUAUAAUAUUGAAAAAUAUUAAAAUAAAAAAAUUGCAUUAUGAACAGCAGGGUUACAUCAUUACUAGUGUUGUAACAAUUCUGUAAGAAUCCAGAUAAAAUCCAUCUACUUUAUUGUCAUUUUGUACAAGAACACACUGAAGUAAAUGAAAAUAUUCAGAAUCCAAGAGUACGAUGGUCAGGAUAUAUUUUCAAUACUUCGAGGCUUUAUGUGAAUGUUUUCAUUUUCAACUUAGUGGGACAUUCAACACUAUAAAUGGUCAAUGUUUUAGAAUGACGCACUUCUCACAAACUAAAACAUGUUAUUUGUUCCCAUAUUUUUUUCUUCAUUCAGACUGUGAAGUGUAUUGUGAAAUAUACAUAAUGAACAGUAAUAUACAUAACAUUUGUCUAUAUGCCUAUAUGUCUAUAUGUCUAUCUUACAGACUUAGGCCUAGAUCAAAUAUUUGGCCAACUAUGCAAUUAUAGUAGUAUUUUAUGCUUAGAUACACUAUUUUUUUUAUAUCUGGAGCUAAUUGUUUACUGAUAAUGAUCUCUCUACAUCAGUAAAGAUAACACUCUUUCUGUUAUUGUUUCUAUAAGCAGCUCACCAUUCCCAUAUUAAAUGUGAAAUACAAAUCUCUCAUAGAAGAAUGUUUAUAGAAGCUGUAUAGUGGUGAUGUUAAUGUUUUGCUAUGCAUUUUGCUAUGUAUUUAUGUUGUGUAUUGGGAAUUUAAAUAAAGUUCAAUAUAACAUACA